CGUUGUUGGAAAACGGACGUGGAAACAUGGCUACUAGAGAAAAAGUAAAACCGAAUAACAAAUCACAGGCGUCAGAUAUAGGCACUACUGGAAUUAAUUCAAAAGAACGCGAAAAUGGUGACAGCGAAAAAAAACACCCCACCUUCACUGAAUGGAAACUUGUAUCUCUUGAACAAAUUAAUCUGCUAUUAAACCUAGAAGUGGAAGACGUGCAAUUACAACUGGAGGAUGUACUGAACUUCAAAAACCGACAGACAUGUCUAAAGGAAGCUGCCCUGUUAGAUUACUUUGUCUCUGGGUUCUGGUGGGCAAAGGAAAUGAAUUUUACAUGUCAGCAAGUUUCAGGCUUCAUGGCUUUGUUGCAACUAUUGCUGGACAAUAUCAGAGAAAAACAGAUGCCACUAGUUGAUAAUUUCUCUGAAUUUGCCAAUGCAAUCGCUGAAACCAGGCAGCCUCCAUUGCCACAGGACUCUAGUCCUUUGUUUGAUGUGGAUCAAGCCAUUUCCAUCACUGACUACUUCAAGUCCAGUCUCUUUCAGCACUACACACUGUAUGAGUUUCUCUUCACCGAACCCAGGGAGGAGAUACUAUUGUCCACUGAAGAGCACAUAGAGGUGGUCAACUCAGCAGACUUUAUUGCACCCCUGGAGGAGGGCAUGCCAGUCGAUGUCUUCUUCCGUUAUAUGGCCCAGGCUCCAGCGGAAGAGGCCAAAGAGGUGCUUAAAGGAACUCAAGAGAUCCCUGAAGAGCAACGACCGGAAGCUGACCCGCAGGAAAAGGUCCCGGCUGAUGGGGGCGCUGUAGACGGCUCUCAGGAGGUUCUGGGUCAGUCGAACGACGACCCGGUUGAGAAAUUGGAGGCUGAUGUCAAUGAGAAGCUGCAGGUCCAGAAGGAGUCCAACUCAGCCAGAAAACGCAGACCAAAGAAGACUUCGGCCAAGUAGCAUUUCUGAAAUGGGGCUAAUGCAUGGCCAUAACCUUUCUUGUUUUGCUUGUAUUACAUUUUUGUGUUUGUCUUGUAAAAAAUUCAGGUGGGAUUCAGUCAUCCUGCCUUAGCAGCCUGUCUCUGGUAUUUAAACUGUAUGUUGAGUGAUUUGCCAUUAUGCAAUCAGUUAACACCUCAGACAAACCUGUUUUUUUCCUUUUGGAGGCCAGAAGGACAAAUGCAAACCAUAAGCUCAUAAAAGCAUUAUCUCUGUAGUUCUAUGGUGUAGCUCUAUGGUGUAGUUCUAUGGUGGUUCACU